UGGACAUCAGACUCCAGAAAGACACACUGCAACAGCAAAAGAGACAACUCGCAGACAAACUGGGACAGAGCUGAAGUAGGAGAAACAGCAGAGGCCCACGCAGAGGCUCCCUGGGCAGAGAGGACCUGUAAACAGGUAAGACCAACCAGGUGGACUUACGCAACACUGCCAUGCGGAUCUGUGUGUACCUGUCACUGGUUGUGGUGUUACUGGGCCUGUGUGCUUGGGGACCCGUUGAAAUGAGAAGGACCCGAUUCAAACCAAAGCCAAAACCCAAAAAGAAUGGAAAACCUCUGGAAGAGAUCCUGCCAGCACAGAACAUCGAUAUCAAGCAGAUGAGUGGAAAGUGGUUCCUGCUUAGUGUAGCAUCAAGAUGCAACUAUCUUUUGGACAACCACUAUAAGGUGGAGAGUACCACUAUGACUUUGACUGUUCCAGACUCUCCAGACUCACCUGUGGCUGUCAGCACCUUUAGAAAACACAAUUAUCAGUGCUGGGAGAUCAGGCAGCACUACGAGAGAGCCAGCAGUCCUGGGCAUCUCCUGCUUAAAGGAAACCAACCAGAGAUGGAUGUGAAGAUUACUGUCGUACAAACUGACUAUAACUCCUAUGCUAUUUUGGUUUACAAAAGAAUGAGAAAAAUCACCAUGAAGCUUUAUGGACGAACUACAAGCAUUACUGAUACCAUUGUGGACAGGUUUGAGGAACUUGCACAGAAACAGAAUCUGGGUCUAGAUGUUGUUUUCCAGUUUCCUGAUUACGGGUUUUGUAACGCUUCAGACAAAAAGCAUAUUCUUGCUAUGACCUAAGAUACGAUCACAGCCACACUUGCUGAGACACCUCAUCCAUGUGUAUGGCAGUAACCAUGGUGACUUGUGUGGACUUUGUGAAGAUAACAUGAGUUAAAGGAAACAUCUUAGACACAUAUUAGAAACAAUAA